GGGUGGUGGUGGUGGUGGUGGGACACUCCGCCCGGACUAAGUGGUAUUAUGUUUGGCCGCGUGUCCACCGGAGAGCCCUCACUGCUCUCUCUCACACACCUGCCGACCUCCACCCAACACACCUGCUGUGACGGGCGGCGAUGGUUGCAUAUCGUAGUGUUAUUCCGGUUUACAUUGGCUGGUAGGAUGAAUCACUUUCUCCAAGUGUGGAAGUUAUACAUUAGAACGGAGGUGAGGGAAGUGUAUGUGUUCAAGAACACAAUUAGACGAUUUCGUGCAGGACCAACCGGGUUGUAAUGAAUAUGUGGGCCUGCGGGGUGCUUCAAACAACAGCCUAUCAAGUCAAGUUAUCACAAGUCACGCCUGAUCCCAGACCGGGCUUUGGGGAGCAGAGCUCUCAGACUCGACUCCAGGUAAAACUCCAGGGUGUAUGAACGUGAGUGUUGAAUCUCGGAGGAGAUGAUCGACGACUUCUUUGACGACGACUGCGGCAACGACAUUAAGACCUCGGCGGCCGUCAAGACCUUCCUGGAGAAAAACAAUUACUCGCGAAAGACAAGCGCUAAAUAUUUAUCCGACAUCGUGAACCAGACGAGGAAACUUGCUCUGAGAGACGACAAUAAAGAUUUUCAGGUCAAGAAGGAAACCCCAUAUUCCGAGUCUUUUGAAGAUGACGAAAAAAGUGGCGAAUCAAAGGUGACAGACACCGGCUCGCAGACUCCCGAAAGCGCACAGAAACAACAUUCCGACACUAAGACGACAAAAACCGACUCCGAAGAUGGCCAAGAAGCUUCUAAAUCGCAAGGAACUGACGAAACUGGAAGUAAUCAGUCUACCCAAGCACCGCCUACGAGCGACUUGACGCUUUCAAAGAAAACUGAAUCUCAGAAAUUGGAUGACUAUUCUAGAUCAGAAGUCGUGUCGCAUCCUGGCGCAAGUUCCGAUAAGAGCGAGGAUGAUGAAGCAUCUAUUAACUCAGAGGAGCAGCAUGAACGAGACAGACAACUGGAAGUGAUUAAAAUAUGCUCGCGGAAGAAAGAAUUGAACGAGCGGAAAUUAGCAGAAUGGUUGCAGAAGAGUAGACGAGAAGCAUGGAUGAAAAAGAAGGAACGAGAGAGGGCAGAGAGGGAAAGGGAAGAGGCAGAAGAAGAAGAGAGAGAAAGGAGGAGUAAGGAAGAAGAGAAGAAAAAGAAGAGGGUGAAGGAGGCAAUGGUGGAGUGGCAUAAGAAGAAACGCGAUGAACAACGGAAGGAGAAAAUUAGGAUGCAACAGGAGGCAGAGGAAGCAGAGAGGCGGAAGCAGAAGAGAGCAGAGGAGAGCAGACGCGCCUACGCCCACUGGAAGGCCUCGAACCCCCGCCACGCCCGCAGCUUCACCUGCCACGCCCACACGGGAGACAGGCUAGUGCCCUACUACGACCGCUCCACGCCCACCCCGCCCACCUAUGUCAAUCCCCAGCCCUGGAGACGACUCUAGCUCCCGGUCUCCAAGUUUCAACAAUGAAAGUGCCUCAAAACCUGCCAAAUAUACCAUAAGAAAAUGUCCUUAAAUUAAAAACAUCAUUGUGA